AUGGCACCAAAACCGACUUAUGUGCCUCCUCUGGGCUUGCGGACACCGUUGGACGACUUCAGAGAUCUCGUGAACCGCAAGUUUAACCUGCACCUUAAAAGCUACGCCGAGUUACAUAGGUUCUCGGUGACGCGGUUGAAUGAUUUCUGGUUGACGGUAUGGGAGUUUACGGGAGUCAUAGCAUCCGUCCACCCUCCGAAGGCGAUCGAGGAUGGGGCUGCCAUUGAUCAGUUCCCGAUUUUCUUUGAAGGCGCUCAGUUGAACUUCGCCGAAAAUAUGCUGAACCCGAAGUUCAGUGGUCUGGCUGUCGUCGACAUGAACGAAAACAACUUGUCGUGGCCGGAGGAGUAUUCGUGGGACGAUCUUCGUGAACUCGUGCGACGCUAUGCUGCCGCUCUCAGAUCAACAGGCUUGCAGAAACAGGAAGUCGUGGCAUUGGUUGGCUCUAACUGCAUACGAUCGCUCGCAUUGCUCCUUGCUACCACGGCAUUGGGGGCGAUUUUUGCUUCUUUCGCAAUCGACAUGGGCUCCAAGUUACUGAGUGACCGCCUUCGGUUGUUGCAACCACGGCUUCUGUUUGCGGAGUCGACGUAUGUGUACAAUGGCAAGUGCCACGACAUUUCUGACAAACUCGAUUCGUCUAUACAGCAACUUCAACAGAGUGGAAGGACUAGGUCCAUCGUCAUCGGCUCCAGACAGAGCCUAAAGUUGGAAACUGUGUCCUUCGAGGAUUUCCUGACCCAUGAUAACGGCGCAUCGGUGGAUUUUGUGCAAGUACCCUUUGGUAACCCAGCUGUCAUUAUGUUCUCGUCUGGAACGACAGGAACUCCAAAAGGGAUUGUCCACUCACAUGGGGGUCUGGUUGUGAAUGGCCGGAAAGAAUACCUUCUUCACAACAACCUUGGUCCUGGGGAUUUAGCUUAUCAGUACACAAACAUUGGGUGGACCUUGUGGAACAUCUCGAUUCACGCUUUGUUUGUCGGCGCCGCGGUCAUUUUGUAUGACGGCAGUCCGUUCUACCCGUCGCCUGAGCGGUUCUUGAAAUCGCUGUUUCAUCUCAAGGUUACGUCCUUCGGAGCAGGUCCACGUUACUAUGCUGAACUCCAAAAGGCCGCAGUGAAGCCAAGAAAAUAUUGUCAAACCCUUCAUUCUAUCAUUUCCACCGGAGCAGUCCUCACCCCAGCCCUUGCAGAAUGGCUUGUCGAAGCGUUUGGGCCCGUCUGUCAGCUCUCAAUGUCCGGCGGCACAGAGAUCUGUGGCUCAUUCCUACAUGGUACCCGCUCUCUUCCAUCAUAUGCUGGAGAGUUGGCGGUGAGAGGACUGGGUAUGGACGUGGCCGUGUUUGGCGUAGACGGUAACGAGCUGCCGGACGGCGAAAGCGGUGAAUUGGUCUGCCGAAAGCCAUUCCCCAACAUGCCGGCUAUGUUCUGGAAUGACCCUGUCCGAAAAAGGUAUUACAGCUCAUACUUUCAGGGGUUCCCACACGUGUGGACACACGGCGAUUUUAUCCGAGUCAACCCUCAGACGAAAGGCAUUUAUGUCCUUGGCCGAAGUGACGGGGUGCUCAAUCCAUCUGGCGUGCGAUUUGGCAGCGCCGAGAUCUACCAUGUUCUCGGCUCCCCGCGGUUCAGCAAUUUGAUCGCAGAUGCUAUUGUCGUCGGCCAGCAGAGGCUCGCGGCCCGCUACUCUGACACAGCUGAAAAAGUGGUACUUUUCAUCAAAUGCACCCCGAGAGCAAGCACAGGCACGCUCCGGGUCCGGGAGGACCUCGAGGCCGCAAUUCGCGAGCAGAUAGCACGGGAUCUGAGUCGAAGACACGUGCCGGCUUAUAUAUUCGAAACCGACGUUGUGCCUUACAAUGCCAACGGGAAGAAGCUGGAGAUCCAAGUCAAGGCCAUUCUGUGUGAGGGCGAUGCCGCGUUGCGCAGGCUGAAGUUGACGCAAGACGAGCUCCUACAGCUGCGCGGCUAUGUUCCCUUCUAUCAGAUAGAAAAGGUCGUUUCCCAGCUUGCGCAAGCUGGCACGGGCGCAAAAUUGUAG